AUGGUGUCGAUUUCAAAAGUUGCCGUCCUUGGGGGUACUGGUAACUUGGGUCCCUCCAUCGUCAACGAGCUGGUCUCCGCCGGCUUCACAGUUACGGGUGUCACACGGGAGGCGUCCACAAACUCCACACCCAAGUUCCCAGACGGCCUUGCGGUCAAAAAGGUGGACUUCAACUCCUUCGAUUCACUCAAAUCGGCUUUCGACGGCCAGGAUGCCGUGGUCUCGGUGGUCGGCACCCUGGGCGUGCCCGGCCAAAGAAUUGCAGUCGAUGCCGCUGUGGCGGCAGGAGUCAAGCGAUUCAUCCCGUCCGAGUUUGGCAUCAACACCCGCAAAGUGCGCGGCACGUCGAUUGGCAAGAUCCUGGCGGGCAAGAUCGCCGUUGUGGAUUAUCUGCAGGAGGUAGCCAAGAGCCACCCGGACUUCACGUGGACCGGGCUCUCUACCGGGUUGUUCUUUGACUGGGGACUCAAGUUUUCAGGCCUAGGAAUCAUCAACCUCAAGGAGAAGAAGGCCACCGUCGUCGACUCUGGUAACGAGAAGUUCCAGGCCAGCACGCUGGCACAUAUCGGCAAGGCCGUCGCCGGGAUUCUGAAGCAUCCGGAAGAGACUGCGAACAAGUAUCUCAGCACGGCGUCAUUCAACCUCUCGCAGAACGAGCUCAUUGCGAUUGUGGAGGAGCUUGUCGGGCAGAAGUUCCCCGUUACCCAUCAGAAGUCGGGUGACCUGCAAAAGGCGGGCGAAGAGAAGCUUGCUGCGGGCGAUUUUCGGGCAUUUGUCGACUUUUUGCGGGCGCACAACAAUGCGGAUGGCGCAGGGAACGAGCUGAAGAAGGAGGACAGUGCAAAUGAGCUGAUCAAGGUGCCCUAUGAGGAUCUGAGGGCGGCGGUGGAGAGUUGGCUGAAGGAGGAGGGGGCUUUGUAA